AUGGAAGAAUCUAAGAGAGAUCACUUGCACGAAGAUCCAGAAGACCCCUUGGCCAAGAGCAUCGCAAACGGGCAGACCGUGACCGAAGAUGCAGUUUUCGGGGACAUCACGGCCGAGGGCCCUAAACACAGAAGCGUCGGAUGGGUCGGCACCGUCAUCAAAAUGAUGAAGCUCUGCAUUGGCCUCGGCAUUCUUUCUAUCCCAGCCACUUUUGAUGCUUUUGGAAUCUGUGGAUAUUCUUAUCGGAUUAUCGAUAGUUGA